CCCGACACUCUCCGCUCUCACCCUUCCGAACUCUCCCAUAACACACGCCUUCGCCCGCCGCGCUCGGUCUAAAUUCAUCUCAACCCCCUUCACAAUGUCGUCUCGUGUCGGUCUCCGCUUUUUCCAGAACUCUCGCGCUGCUUUCCGCAAUGCAUAUGGCCCCUUCCGUCGGCCUGGCGCCCAGGGUUUCCGGUUCCAGAGCUCAGAUGCCGCCGCGGCCGAGCAACAGAGCACUUUCCAGCGCCUAUGGAACAGCCCGGUCGGUGUGAAGACGGUGCAUUUCUGGGCCCCGGUUAUGAAGUGGGCACUCGUCAUUGCCGGCAUUUCCGAUCUUAGCCGUCCCGCCGAGAAGCUGUCCCUGACCCAGAACGGUGCUCUGAUGGCCACCGGUGCUAUCUGGACUCGCUGGUGUAUGAUCAUCACUCCCAAGAACUACCUGCUUGCUGCUGUCAACUUCUUCCUUGGCAUCGUCGGUGUCGUCCAGGUCACCCGUAUCGUUCAGUACCGCCGUAGCUUGGAUGGCUCUACCACGGAGGCUGUGAAGGAUCUGGAGAAGGAGGUGGUUGAUGAUGCCAAGGCUGUUGCUGCUACCACCGAAGCCGCUGUCAAGAAGUCGGCUUAAAUGUCCCUUUUUGGGCGACCGAGAAGGGGGUUUGAUCAUGUAAGCUGGACACUCCGUCAAAAUUAGAUUAGAUUCCUUUCAUAUCUUCGAAACAUGGGAUUGUCGGUGUACCACUCGGAUGGUCUAAGGAGCAGCGACCGUGGAGGCGCGGAGAAAUCCCGCUAGGACUUUUUUCUUUCUUUUUUUUUUUUUUACCAUUUUGCGCAUGUAUAUAUUUCCAUUGACUAGAAUGAAAGAUUUGAAGCUGAA